AUGGCGACGGCUUCAGUAUCUUUCAAGUCUCGUGAGGACCACAGGAAGCAGCUCGAGCUCGAGGAGGCGCGUAAGGCGGGGCUAGCCCCUGCCGAACUCGACGAGGAUGGGAACGAGAUUAACCCUCACAUCCCGCAGUACAUGUCCUCGGCCCCAUGGUACCUUAACGCCGAGAAGCCGAGUUUGAAGCAUCAGAGGAAAUGGAAGUCGGACCCGAACUACACCAAGGCGUGGUACGAUAGGGGUGCCAGGCUUUACCAAGCAAACAAAUACAGGAAAGGCGCUUGCCAAAACUGUGGAGCCAUGACUCAUGACAAGAAGUCGUGCAUGGAGCGGCCUCGGAAUGUUGGAGCUAAAUGGACUAACAUGGAUAUAGCUCCAGAUGAGAAAGUGGAGUCGUUUGAACUUGAUUACGAUGGCAAGCGUGAUCGCUGGAACGGUUACGAUACGUCGACCUACAGUCGUGUUAUCCUAGAUUAUGAAGCUAGAGAAGAGGCCAGGAAGAAGUUCCUGAAGGAACAACAGCUCAAGAAACUUGAGGAGAAGGACGGUGAGCAGGAUGGUGAGAAUGCGGGCAGCGAAGAGGAUGAAGAGGAUGGCCUCAAGAUAGAUGAGGCCAAAGUUGACGAGAGUGCUCAAAUGGAUUUCGCUAAGGUGGAAAAGCGUGUGCGCACAACAGGCGGUGGAAGCACUGGAACUGUGAGGAAUUUGCGUAUUAGAGAAGACACUGCAAAGUAUCUUCUCAAUCUCGAUGUCAACUCUGCGUAUUAUGAUCCAAAAACCCGUUCCAUGCGUGAGGAUCCUUUGCCAGAUGCAGACCCCAACGAUAAAUUCUAUGUGGGUGAUAACCAAAAUAGACAAAGUGGACAAGCUCUGGAGUUCAAACAACUCAAUGUCCAUGCGUGGGAAGCUUUUGACAAGGGGCAGGAUUUCCAUAUGCAAGCAGCCCCAUCUCAAGCUGAACUACUUUUCAAGAGUUUCUUGGUCAAGAAGGAGAAGCUGAAAUCUGAAGGCAAGGACAAAAUUAUGGAGAAGUAUGGGAAUGCUGCAUCUGAAGAACCAAUCCCUCGCGAGCUUCUUCUUGGGCAAAGUGAGAAAGAGAUUGAGUACGACCGGACUGGCCGCAUAAUUAAGGGACAGGAUAUAGCUCUUCCUAAGAGCAAAUACGAAGAGGAUGUGUUAAUUAAUAACCACACAACAGUGUGGGGUUCAUGGUGGAAAGAUCAUCAAUGGGGCUAUAAAUGCUGUAAGCAGACUAUCAAAAAUAGUUACUGCACAGGAUUGGCUGGAAUUGAGGCUGCUGAAGCAUCAGCUGAUUUGAUGAAGGCAAACAUGGCACGCAAGGAGGCUGCUGAAGAGGAACCUGCACGACAAGAAGAAAAGAAACUAGCCACUUGGGGAACAGAUAUUCCUCAGGAUCUUGUUCUCGACCAGAAGUUGCUUCAGGAAUCCCUAAAGAAGGAGGCCACAAGGAAGAAGGAAGAGAUGGACGAGAGAAAGAGGAAGUACAACGUGAAGUGGAAUGACCAGGUCACUGCGGAAGAUAUGGAGGCCUACCGUAUGACGAGGGUCCGCCACGAUGAUCCUAUGAGAGAUUUUCUCAAUUAGCUGUUUAUAUGUCACUAUGUCAGUUGUUUUGCCUUGUUACUGCAAGCAUGUGUAAUGCAAGUGUACGCUAUGAUCGUGUGAUGUGCAAAGCAGAACUAAGUUUGUUCUUGUUCGUUCUUGCCAACUUGUUAACCAUGACAUACGCAAAUCUAUAUUGAUA